AUGCUAGGCAAAGACGCUUCACGUGUUCGCCAUAACGGCUAUUGUCUACAUCCAUUUUACCUCAGCCUGGAACCAAUCGACGUCAACAGAUCCCAGCGAUGGGCUUGCUACAGUGCACAUGUCUCAGAUCAAGAGGUGGUAGUCUACAAGCAGACGCCAAAAUGUCGCUUGGAUCUGACCUGGCAGGACAGAGAGGAGGAUUGUGCCAAAGCAAAGGCAACCCCAACGAAAAUUCUAGACAACAAAGACGACGAGUGGAAAGAGAAUACUGCUCUGGAAGAUGCAAACUGA